AUGUUCAAGCGGUCAUUCCGGUCUCAGGACCCGGGCCGCGUUGACAAGACGGCCAGACACAAGAAGCCGGCCUCGGUCCGGGAUCCCGGCAAGCUGUCCAAGCUGCAAAGGUCGCUCACCGAGCAGGACCUGGUUGGCUCGCAGUCAGCCGCGCCCUCGCCGAUUGUGACGCUGGCCGUCGGCCGUGACGGGCGCCUCUUUGCAGCGCACCAAGACGUCUUAUGCCAGUCGCCUUUUUUCAGCGCGGCUUGCCGAGCCAGCUUCUCGGGUGUGCAGAGCCGGAGAAUCUCCCUCCCCGACGAGGACCCCGAGGUCUUCUCGGCCGUCCUCGAGUACCUCUACAAGGGAGACUACUACCCUCGCCUGUUGCACAACAGGCACCGCAACUCUUGGGAGCUCGAGGACCGCCAGCGAACGCCCCAGACCUCGCCCAACCCAGAAACCGGAGGUGGCCGCGCCGGCGAGGCCAUUGUCUACCUGUCGAGCAUCGAGGCUGCCGUCCUCCGCGACACCGUCAUCUACUGUGCCGCCGAUCGGUACGACCUCGACGAGCUCAAGCGUCUGGCCCUUCGCAAGCAGGGGCUGCAGGCCGGCAUCGAUGUCGGCACCAUUCUGCGGUCCGCCCAGUACGCCUAUGCUCACACGCCCGACUCGGACAGCCGCCUGCGCGCUCAUUACCUCGCCCUGAUUAUCCGCUGCCGCAGGACGUUUAAGCGCAGCGGCACCAUGCAGGCUGAGAUGGAGGCCGGUGGCAGCAAGUUAUUUUUUGACCUGUUUGUCGCCAUGUGCAACCAUCUCGACGACGUCAUUGACGCGACGAAUGCUCGCACGCCGAGGACCGUCUGA